CAACAGCGACUCCUGCCCCAGCCUGCCUAGCUGCACCUAAGGCCGCUGUUCAGGGAAACCCGGCCGCCCUCCAUCUCUGCGAGGCGCCUAGACUGAACCGCGGAGCCCGGACUCCCCGCCCCGCAGCGUUCAUGCCGGACAGACAGGGAGAUGUCCCUGGUAGAUUUGGGAAAGAAGCUUUUAGAAGCGGCACGAGCAGGUCAAGAUGAUGAAGUUCGUAUUUUGAUGGCAAAUGGAGCUCCUUUUACUACAGACUGGCUGGGAACUUCUCCACUUCACCUGGCAGCACAGUACGGGCAUUAUUCCACCACAGAAGUACUACUUCGAGCUGGUGUAAGUAGGGAUGCCAGAACCAAAGUGGACCGAACGCCCUUACAUAUGGCAGCUUCUGAGGGCCAUGCCAGCAUAGUAGAGGUUUUGCUUCAGCAUGGUGCUGAUGUCAAUGCAAAGGACAUGUUAAAGAUGACAGCUCUACAUUGGGCCACAGAACACAACCAUCAAGAUGUGGUGGAGCUUUUAAUCAAAUAUGGUGCUGAUGUACACACGCAGAGUAAAUUUUGUAAAACUGCAUUUGAUAUUUCAGUAGACAAUGGGAAUGAAGAUUUAGCAGAGAUAUUACAGAUUGCUAUGCAGAAUCAAAUCAACACAAACCCAGAGAGUCCCGACACUGUGACGAUACAUGCUGCAACACCACAGUUUAUCAUUGGACCUGGAGGGGUGGUGAACCUAACAGGUCUGGUAUCUUCAGAAAAUUCAUCUAAGGCAACAGAUGAAACAGGUGUGUCUGCUGUUCAGUUUGGAAACUCCUCUACAUCAGUAUUAGCUACAUUAGCUGCCUUAGCUGAAGCUUCUGCUCCCUUGUCCAAUUCUUCAGAAACUCCAGUAGUGGCUACGGAGGAAGUAGUUACUGCAGAAUCAGUGGAUGGUGCAAUUCAGCAAGUAGUUAGUUCAGGGGGUCAGCAAGUCAUCACAAUAGUAACAGAUGGAAUCCAGCUUGGAAAUUUGCACUCCAUUCCAACCAGUGGAAUAGGCCAGCCCAUCAUUGUGACCAUGCCAGAUGGACAGCAAGUAUUAACAGUACCAGCAACGGACAUUGCUGAAGAAACUGUUAUAAGUGAAGAACCACCAGCUAAGAGACAAUGUAUCGAAAUAAUUGAAAACCGGGUGGAAUCUGCAGAAAUAGAAGGAUUGAGCUCGCAACCCAGGCAUGUGCUCUUGACCGGGAAUGGAACCGGCAACCUCCUGGUGCACCAGAUGAUGCCCAACCAACUGAACCACACUGGCCAGGGCAAGGAGAGAGAAGCUCUUCAGAAACAGCUGGAUGAAGCAAACCGAGAAGCCCAAAAAUAUCGACAGCAGCUUCUAAAGAAAGAACAGGAAGCAGAAGCCUACAGACAGAAAUUAGAAGCUAUGACUCGUCUUCAGACUAAUAAAGAAGCUGUUUAGUUGAAAUGAACAUGUAGUUUGAGUUACUUUUGGUCAAGAAAGAAUACAAUCUUGAACUGUACACAGUAAGGUGCAGUCAUGGGAAGACAGGAUACUAGAAGAGACUACAGAUUGAUAAUUGGACUAAAGCCAUGUGGUCUGAAUCCUUGUAACAUAAAACUUUUGAAGUUGUCAAAUGUAUUUAAAACUGAAUUCUGUAAAUAGUUUUUGUUUUUUUUACAGUUCUAAAUGAGUUGAUAAAGAUUGUUGAAGAGAUCCAAAAACACAAUAAGCCACUGUUUUUGUGAAUUCUUUUUGAUUUUAGUACGAACGAACCUUAAUUUCUCAGAAACAGAACAGUUUUAAGGGUGAUCGUUGAUUAGACCAAAUGUGUCAUAAUUAUGUGGUGGACUGAUACUGGAAUUGCUCCUGUACGUUAAAGCUUCUGUAUGAAGAGAAGAUUUCUCCCAGGAAAUGUUUGUACAGCUUUAAGUUGUCUCAGAUUCUCUGAAAACAUUUUUUAGAAAACAAAUUUUUAUAUUUGUUCAACUUCAGCUAUACCCAAGUAGAUUUACAUGUAUAUGAAGCAAAUAUUUUUUAAACUUUGUGUUUGUACAUAUCCUGCAUGUUUUAUAAUUUCAAAAUGUAUCACUUGCAUAGGUAUUUUCCCCACAAAGAUAAUGAAAGUUAUUUGGGGAAAAAACCCUCCUUUUAUUCUGUAGGUCAUCUUAACUAAGUAAACUAGCAGCUGGUUUUAUUGGAAUGAUAGUGUUCUUGGAAGGAGCAGCUUACAAGAUAACUUGAAUUUGCAAACUACAAAAUCUAUGCUUUUUUGAAAAUUUCAUAGUGGGGACGUGAAACUGUAUUCUGUGCCUUCCAUCAUGAUUUCCACAUGAAAGCACUUUAAGGCAGUAUGUUUUAAGAUAAUGUUUUUGGAAAACUCAAAGCAUAUGGGUUUUUGAAAUAUUUCAUGGACUCAUUCCCCUCCCUCCCCCAGGAAAUUAUUCUUAUGGAAAAAAAUGCUUUUGUAUGUAGAACAAGAACUUUUUGUACCGCAGUAAUGCUAUAGAGAUGUCUACCAUAACUUUUACUUUUCCCUGUGAAAGCUGUAUGUCUGCUGCGACUGCUCUCAUCACAAUAUUGUCGAAUUCCACAAUGUAUGAACAUUACACUCUGACAUACUGUUUAUUCUUUUUUUGUAAAAUGUAACUUCAUACAGUUUUUCUUGCUUUAUUUCUUACAUUAAUGUUUUAUUGCUUUAUGAAAAUGUUUAACCCUAAGGCCCUACUAGAUGAUCUAUACUGUAAAAAGAAGCAAUUACCCUUAAGAAACAAUUACUCUGGCCUACUUUUCUAUUUUACAAUUAAAUAUCUUUUCCACAUAUAUUCAGUGUAGACUUAUAUUUUGACCAUAUUUUGUUCACACAUUAAUAUUUUUGUUCUGUGUAUUAAAGCCAUAUUCUACCAUA